AAAUUUGCUCUUUUUUGUCUUUUUUUUUUAGCCGGGCCAUUCCAAACCUCUGCCUGUAGAAGUGGCACUAUUGAUUAAGAUGAAUCAAGCUCCCAUAAGUCAAUAUGCCAUAAAAAUGUUGGAAUGGUUUAUAGACUCACAAGACAUCGUGAUCAUUAUGGAGUACCCUCAACCCUGCCAAAGCUUGAGCCACAUCAUGAAACGCAAUCGUACACUGAGUGAAGAAACCGCUCGUGUAAUAAUGCGUCAAACAGUACAGGCAGUAAUAAACUGCUAUGAUCACGAUGUCUUUCACAGCGACAUCCAUCCAGGCAACUUCCUAGUCAACACAGAGACGUUAGACACCAAGCUGAUUGACUUCGGCUGUGGUCAGCUGUAUACUGAUGGCGUCUACAAAAGUCAUAAGUACAUAGGGGUACAAGAUUUCAUUCCACCGGAAAUCAGAAAGAACCGAAAGUUUCACGCCAUCCCAGCAAACGUCUGGUGUCUAGGAAUGGUCCUGUAUGAAAUGGUUAAUGGACACAUGUCGUAUGUGAAAUCCAAAGAAGUCCAGUUUGUGAAUACCAGCUUAUCUGAAGGUUGGACACAAAAGUGCUGGACACCAAACUGGACUGAGCAGACCAGACUACACCAGACCUUAAAAAAUAUUAUAUUAUUAUUAUUGUAUAAUUUUUUAUUAUUGUUAUUGCAUAAUUUUUAUUAUUUGUUGUUAAUAUUAUUAUUGUAUCAUAUUUAUAUGUAAUCAUUGUAAAUAGUUUAUAAUGAUGAUGUGCACUUGUUACAUUCUAUUGUAUGUCACUUAAAUAAAAUAUCUUAUAACCUUUACUGUGUUUGCAUAAAAGACUCCUAUUAUAGAUGACCUUAUCCAUCCAAAAAUUACACUUUAGCUUCCAUA